ACUGCGCGGGUGCGUCACGUCCGGCUGGCGGCGGCGGCGGCGGGAGCACCAUGCCCAAGUUUUAUUGUGAUUACUGUGACACGUACCUUACCCAUGAUUCGCCCUCCGUGAGAAAAACCCACUGCAGUGGCCGGAAGCACAAGGAGAAUGUGAAGGACUAUUACCAGAAAUGGAUGGAGGAGCAAGCCCAGAGCCUGAUUGACAAAACAACGGCUGCAUUCCAGCAAGGGAAAAUUCCACCGACCCCGUUCUCGGCACCACCUCCGGCUGGAGCCAUGAUUCCACCUCCUCCCAGCAUCCCUGGCCCCCCCCGGCCCGGCAUGAUGCCAGCCCCACACAUGGGGGGGCCCCCGAUGAUGCCAAUGAUGGGCCCACCCCCCCCGGGAAUGAUGCCAGUCGGACCUGCUCCUGGGAUGAGGCCACCCAUGGGAGGACACAUGCCAAUGAUGCCAGGGCCCCCAAUGAUGAGACCCCCCUCCAGACCCAUGAUGGUGCCAACCAGGCCAGGAAUGACCCGUCCAGACAGAUAAGGAUGGAGAUGAAGCUGCCAUUUCAUAUUAGUACCUUCCCUAUGAUAAACACCAUGGACCUGCCGUCCCUGGGGCUUUGUACUCCAUGUGUGGAGGCACUUUGCUGUCACCUCAGUGUGUGGAUGGACACACUCUGCACUGACUUGUAUGAGGUCUGGCUUUUUGGGUGUCUCUCCAAUUGUAUUAUUAUUUUUUUCCCCCAUUGAAUGAUAAGAACAAGAAUAAAGCCUUCAUGUUGUUUCCA